AUGGCUGCCGAGAUCCCUGCCGAAGGACCAGAGCUUACGAAAGAAGUCGGUCCCAAUAAAGGAGCCAUCCCUUCAGUGGUUCUUGCCGCAAAACUCGACGAUGAUGUUCGAAACAAUCCCGUACUACUCCGGGCACUCAAAAAGGUUGACCGUCGCCUUUUGGUCUGGCUUGCUGUCCUGCACUUCGUGUUUAAAUUUGCGGAGACGAACAUUUCGAACGCUGCCAUCAUGAACCUGGAGCAGAAGACGGACAUUAGGCGACAGCUUGGACACCUUACUAGCUCUCAAUGGGCGUGGUGCAUAAGCAUAUUCUGGUAUCCCUAUAUGGUGUUUGAGCCUGUCUCAACUAUGAUGGUGAAAAGAUAUACACCCUCAGGAUGGUUCGCCAGGAUCUUUUUUACCUGGGGUAUUGUUUCCGCUUGCCAAGCUGCAACACAGAACUAUGCCGGCAUUCUGGUCUGUCGCUUCCUUCUUGGGGUUAUGGAAGCAGGAUUCUAUCCUUCUAUAGUGUACCAUCUUAGCUUUUGGUAUCAUCCAGACAAAAUGCCGCUUCGUCUGGGAAUCAACUACAAUAUCGGAGUUUCUUCCGGGGCAGUCGCCGGUUUGAUAGCGUACGGUGUGUCCUUUAUGAAUGGACUACGGGGUCUUUCUGGAUGGAGAUGGCUGUUUCUCCUCGAAGGAACUCCUAUGAUAGUGAUAGGAGUUAUCACCUACUUCAUCUUGACCGAUUAUCCCCAAACGGCAAAGUUUAUCACUGAAGAAGAAAGAGAGGCUAUAAUUGCCCACUUGCCAGCGACAGGACCAACAACAAGAGCGAAAUUCUGGGACAAAAAUGGACUGAAAAAGCUGCUGAGAGACCCGACUCACUGGUGCUUUUUAUCAAUCUGGACCUUUGGUGGAAUUGGAGGCUUUGGGGUUACUGCAGUUUUGCCCAAUAUCAUUUACGAUAUGGGUCUCACAGGAACGGCUCAAACCCAGCUUAUGACUAUGCCUCCAUAUGGACUUGCUUGGAUUUUGGUCGUCGUCUUUGGCUACUUCAUCAACAAGAAGAAGAUCUCUGCCUUUGCUGUCGCCUUUGGCAUGGUAAUUACACAGAUUAUCUGCUUCAUCUGUCUUAUCACGAUCAACCACACUUAUGCCUUAUACACGUUUUUCAUCGUCGCGUGUGGUUGCACAUUCUCGAUAUAUCCGAUUCUUUGGCCAGAGAGAGUCCGUUCAGUGGAGGGGACGACCACAGCAGCAAUCGCUUUUGGACUGACCAAUGCUGUGGGUUGUCUCGCCGGCAUAAUCGGCCCGCAAAUCUUUCAGACGAAGUUUGGUCCUCGUUACCGGCUUAGCUAUGGUAUAGCUCUUGUAUUCUUGGUUGGCUCCUCGAUUUCCGUGGUCGCAGCAUGGUACUUUUGCCGAAGGAAGUUUGCCAGGCAGCUUCAGGAGAUAAACGAACCACACGGAGUCGAGGUAAUUGCGGAGGAGGACGGUGAUCUGAAAGUGGUUACCUAA